AUGUUAAGGUUAAGCAUGGCCAAUUUACGAAGUAGAAUGCUUACUGCAAGAAGAUAUUACAAAGUUUUAGCUCUUGAGUCGUCCUGUGAUGAUUCUUGCGUUGCACUUUUAGAACGAAAAAGUCAUCAGGAGUCAAUCAUAGUGCUCGAUCAUUGCAAGAGAACUUUAAAUUCCGCCACUACUGGUGGUAUAGUCCCGACUGAUGCGCACGAGUUCCAUCAAUACUCGAUGGCAAAGAUGAUAGAUGAAUUUUGCAAAAAGAACGGUCUCAACUCUAGUUCACCCCCUGAUUUAAUAUGCUGUACUAGAGGUCCUGGCAUGGUGGGCUCUUUAAGUGCCGGACUCCAAAUUGCAAAGGGCAUUUCUUUGGCAUGGAGGAAGCCCUUAGUUGGUGUUCAUCAUAUGCUAGGACAUAUCAUGAUUGCAAAUUUACCAAAGCCUCAGCAAAAGGGCACAGAAUUACCCAGAUUUCCUUUUUUGAGUCUAUUAUGUAGCGGUGGUCAUACAAUGUUGGUACUUCUGAAAUCAUUAAUAGAACACGAGAUAAUUAUUGACACGGUUGAUAUCGCCGCUGGGGAUUCUAUAGACAAAUGCGCGAGAGAAAUAGGUUUGAGAGGGAACAUGCUUGGAAAAGAGCUUGAAAGGUAUGUCUCAGGGAUCCUUACUGGUUCAAAAGUUGAAUCAUCCCCCAUUAUUAAUAACUCUCAGAAUGAAAUUGUUUUCAGACUCCCUAUGAGAGGGCCCAAGCAUUUAAAGCGCCCAGAAGUAAUUCAAUUUUCUUUUGCUUCCUUUCUAAGUGUCAUCAAGAGCUACAAGAAGACAAGAAGUGAUCAACUAAAUACGCGUGAGAAAGAGGAUGUUGCCUUCAAAGUUCAAGAAGCUAUUUUUGAUCAUUUAAUCGAUAGAAUCAAUAUUGCUCUCAAGAAACAUGGACAUUCCCAGAUAUUUGGGGGAGACAAUAAAUUUUACGGAGUCCAAGACUUCAUAUGUUCGGGUGGUGUUGCUUCGAAUAAAAGGUUGCGGGAAAAGCUAUUUAAUAAUUUACUUGACAAGGAAUGCACGAAUGGAUUCAAUUUCCAUUUUCCAGAUGUUUCUCUUUGUACAGACAAUGCCGUAAUGAUUGGAAUAGCUGGAAUAGAGAUUUUUGAGAAGUUAAAAUUAAAGUCAAAUUUAAGCAUUUUGCCUAUUCGAAAAUGGCCGCUCGAUGAAUUAUUACAAGUAGAUGGAUGGGUAAACUUGGAUGACGAAGAGAUUAGCAUAAUUACAAAAGAUUAA